AUGUAUCCAACCAUCACGACCGGGAGACGUAAGGUUGAUUUGACGAGCGAUGACAUGGAAGGAGUCCAGUAUUUGUACGGUGCGAAUCCUAACUUCAACGGCUCUAGAUCUCCACCACCGUCCACUCAACAGCGAGACACUGGCGAUUUUAGUAAUGCUGCAUGUAGAAUCGACGGCUCUAGAUCGGUUUUGACUAGUCUAUUGAUGUCGACCGUUGGAUUGUUUCUGUUUUAUUUACUCUAG